AUGGAACAGCUCGAUGUGAACAAUGUGUUCUUGCAUGGUGAACUCAAUGAAGAGGUGUACAUGCUGCCACCUCCAGGAGCAAUACUGUCUCGUCCAAAUGUUCAAUCACAUGCUGAUCAUUCUCUUCUCAUUAAGUCUGAGGGAGACUCAUUCACAGCAUUACUAAUCUAUGUUGAUGAUAUAGUAGUUGCUGGAAAUGAUAAAACAAAAAUCGAUUCGGUCAAGCGCUCCCUUGAUUCUGAGUUCAAGAUCAAGGAUCUAGGCAACUUGCAUUACUUUCUGGGUUUAGAAAUCUUACGUUCUGUUGAUGGUCUGUUGAUAAGUCAGCGCAAGUAUGCUCUUGAAUUAAUUUCUGAUGGAGGUAUGUUGGGGGCCAAACCUUGCUCUACUCCCUUAGAACCUGGUCUCAAAUUGGAGCAAGACGCAGGACAUCCUUAUGAAGAUGUAGCAAGUUAUCAUCGACUUAUUGGGAGGCUACUCUACCUAACCACCACUCGACCAGACAUAUGCCAUGCUGUACAGCAGUUGAGCCAAUUUAUCUCCAAGCCUACUGAUAUUCACAUGAAUGCCGCUUUACAUGUUUUACGGUAUUUGAAAAAUGCUCCUAGCAAUGGACUCUUUUAUCCAGCAGCUAAUAAGUUACAACCAAGUGGAUUUGCAGACUCUGAUUGGGCUGUAUGUGCAGAUACCAGGCGGUCGAUUACUGGAUUCUGUGUGUUCAUAGGAUCAGCUUUAGUCAGUUGGGAGUCAAAGAAGCAAGGAACUGUUUCCCGUUCUUCUUCAGAGGCGGAAUAUAGAUCCUUAGCUGCUCUUACUUGUAAGAUCCAAUGGAUUCGGUAUUUGUUACAGGAUCUCCAAGUUCCAUUUCACAAGGCAGUUCCAAUUUAUUGUGAUAAUCGAUCAGCAAUCUAUUUGGCUCAUAAUCCUACCUUCCAUGAGAGAACCAAACACAUUGAGAUUGACUGUCAUUUGAUACGAGAAAAGAUUCUUGAUGGUCUUGUUCAUUUUCUUCCUAUUGCUUCAGGCGAUCAACUGGCAGACCCAUUCACUAAAAGCUUAUCAGUAGGCCCUUUCAAGUCUCUCGUUGGCAAGUUGGGUUUGCGCAAUACUCACCCUCCAACUUGA